GCGUGUCUCUGGCGGUGCUGGGAAGCAGCCUGGACCCCAGCAGUGCGCUCGUGUGGUCGUCGCCGCUACUGUGCUCGGGGUGGACCAACUUCACGUGUAAAGACAACACCACCAUCACAGGAAUCAAUCUGGUGAAGAUGCCACUCUCUGGCUCCCUGCCUCCCGACAUCUCCAGAUUCAAAAGCCUAGAAUUCCUGGUGAUUCGGAGCUCCAGCAUCUCAGGGCCAUUGCCUGAUGCAAUCACUACCCUGAGGAACCUCAAGUACCUAGAUUUGAGCUACAAUCAGAUAUGGCCGCCUGUGCCAGCAGGCCUCUUCUCAAUGCCAGACCUCAAGGGCAUGCUGCUGGGCAACAACUGGCUGACCGACCAGCCGGUGCCCAACUUGGCCAAGGCGCCCUCCUCUCUGAACAUGGUGUCGCUGCGCACCGUGAAUGCCACUGUGGACAAAAGUUCCCAAGUCGGCAAGUCUACUCUUGACCUGUACGGCAACACACAGAUAUGUGACAAAUCCACAGGCAGCCCACUCAACCUCUCCACCACCAGCGGGCAGUUCAACGACUCGUGCAAGUGGACCCGCGCGCCCUUCUGCCUCAACACACGCUGCCUCCCCGCACAAUACAUCGACCGCCCCACCUUCCUCCGAGCGUACCCUCCUUCCAACUGCGUCUACGGGCAAGGGCCCAUGACUGCCCCGCUCUUCCCCCCUGCCUCGACUGCCGCAGCUGCCGCCUCUGCCACCGCCCAGGCUUUCACCCAAGCGUCUUCUCCCAGCGCGUCACUGCCUCCUGGGGGUUCCCUCCCUCCUGGGAGCGCCGGUCCACCUGCUGGUGCUCCUGGUGGUGCCGCUGCUGGCGGGCGUGGUGGGGGGUCAGCAGCCUCGGCGGGUGAUGCGGUGGUGCCGACAGGCCCGGGGGCGUGUGUGUGUGUGGGCGGCGAUCAGUUCUACGAGUUUGACCUGCUCUGCGCCAACAGCACCAUACAGGCGUGGAGCGAUGAGUACUCGCAGGUUGUCUCUGAGAAGGUGUCUCAAGGGUUUGGUAUGAAGCUGAAGAGGUGCAUUUCCCCGGAGCAGGUGUGGGUGUGGCACGCGUAUGUGAGCGACUGGCGGCUGGACAGCAGCGGCACGCCGCUGUUUGACAUGCGGCUGUACGUGGUGCUGUUUGGCAGCUUCUCCAGCGACGAAGAGGUGCUCGUGCAGUCUGUCAUCGUGCAGAACCCGGACCUCCUGAAAGAAGCCAGACUAGGAGUGCUCAAGCGGCUGGACCACGAAAAAGAAGUGCCGCCCCCAACCCCCCUGCCACCCUUCCCGGAAAGGAACAACACCGCCCCACCAGCAGCGCCUCCCCCAGAUGAGCUUUCCUCGUCGUCCUACACCACGGUCAUCAUUGCCGUGGUCGUGGUGGUGCUGGCUGUGCUGUUCGGUGUCGGUGUCGCCUACUUCUACUUCUUCGUGCGCAACCGCCGCAACAAGUUGUCAUCCAUAUCAGGCUCCGGUUUCCUGGGCAACCAGGCGCUCUCCUCCUCAUUCGGCUGGGCCCUGCAGCAGCGCUUCGUGCAGGUGUACUCGCUCAAGGAGGUGACAGCGGCGACGCACAACUGGGACGAGGAGCGGGUGCUGGGGCAGGGCGGGUACGGGCGGGUGUAUCUGGGGGAGGGCGCUCACGGCGUGCAGUGGGCCGUGAAGAGGCUUGAGGCGAGGUCCACUGCCAAAGGGCUUCAGGACUUCAGGAAUGAGGUGGAGCUGAUCUCGCAGACCAACCACCGCAACCUGGUGAAGCUGCUGGGCUUCUGCGACGACCACGGCGAGCAGAUCCUCGUGUACGAGUUUGUGCCGAAUGGGAACCUGCGGCAACACCUGCGCCCCUCCAAAGCCGCCCUAGAGCACCCAGACGCGCACAAGCUGGGACUCACCUUCCUGCAGCGCGUGGACGUGGCGGUGGGGGCAGCCGAGGGGCUGCGCUACCUGCACAACUUCACCACGCCCUCCGUGGUGCACCGCGACGUGAAGAGCGAAAACAUCCUGCUGGACGAGAACAUGCAGCCCAAGGUGGCGGAUUUCGGCUUCUUCAAGAACAUGGUGGACGGGGCGAGUGGCGGCAAGGGGGCAUCGGAGGCGGUGAGCACGCGAGUGCUGGGCACCCCGGGCUAUGUGGACCCUGAAUACUACUACACGUGCAAGGUCACCACCAAGUGCGACGUGUACAGCUUCGGAGUGGUGCUGUGGGAGCUGAUAACGGGUAAAUCACCCAUUCUAGAAGUGGAGGACCCCGAGUCAGGCCCAGGGGAUGGGCCUUGCUUCAUGCAGCUGCCCAUUUGGGCGAUCAUGUAUCUGAAGAAGGGCAAUCUAGAAGAAAUAGUGGACCCGGCAUUCAGAGGAGACUACGACAAGGAGGCCGUUAGAGCCAUGGCGGAGAUAGCCGACAAGUGCACUAGAGACAAGGCGCGCCACCGCCCCGAGAUGACCGACGCGCUGACGUGGCUGGUUGAGAUCCAACGGCGCCUCAAGCGCGAGAGCGACCCCAGCUAUGUAUCUGAGCCGUCCACUCCCGUGGCGGGGAUGGGAGGGGGGAGUGGUUUUGGGGGGGGGGGAGAUGCGGUGCUGGAGCUGGUUGGUGGUGCGGGGGCGGACUCGCUUGUGCUGCACUCCACGACGCACCAGCCGCCCAUCUCGACCCACUUUGAGGGGCGGUGA